GCUGGCCCGCUCGUCCCCGCCGCCGUCGCCGGGCUGGAGCGGGAGCCGGAGUGGAGCCCGGGCCGGGGCCGGAGAGGGCGGAAUGGAGGCCCCGCGCGGGCCCGCUCUGCGCCGCCUGCUGCCGCUGCUGCUCCUGCUGCUGCCGCUGCCCCCACACGCCGGGGCCAAGUACGUGCGGGGCAACCUCAGCUCCAAAGAGGACUGGGUGUUCUUGACAAGAUUUUGCUUCCUCUCGGAUUACGGACGACUGGACUUCCGUUUCCGAUACCCUGAGGCCAAAUGCUGUCAGAACAUCCUCCUCUAUUUUGAUGACCCAUCCCAGUGGCCAGCUGUGUACAAGGCAGCGGACAAGGACUGCCUGGCUAAGGAGUCAGUGAUCAGGCCUGAGAACAACCAGGUCAUCAACCUCACUACCCAGUAUGCCUGGUCAGGCUGUCAGGUGGUGACAGAGGAGGGAACCCGCUACCUGAGCUGCUCCAGUGGCCGAAGCUUCCGCUCAGUGCGUGAAAGGUGGUGGUAUAUCGCUCUCAGCAAGUGUGGGGGAGAUGGGCUGCAGCUGGAAUAUGAGAUGGUCCUCACCAAUGGCAAGUCCUUCUGGACGCAGCACUUCUCUGCGGAUGAGUUUGGGAUCCUGGAGACAGAUGUGACUUUCCUCCUCAUCUUCAUCCUCAUCUUCAUCCUCUCCUGCUACUUUGCAUAUUUGCUGAAAGCUCGUCAGUUGCUCCACACAACUUAUAAAAUGUUUAUGGCUGCAGCUGGAGUGGAGGUUCUGAGUCUCCUGUUUUUCUGCAUCUACUGGGGCCAGUAUGCCACUGAUGGCAUUGGCAACGAGAGUCUGAAGAUCCUGGCCAAGCUGCUCUUCUCCUCCAGCUUCCUCAUCUUCCUGCUGAUGCUCAUCCUUCUGGGGAAGGGAUUCACAGUGACACGGGGCCGCAUCAGCCACUCAGGCUCUGUGAAGUUAUCUGUCUACAUGACCCUGUAUACUCUUACCCACGUGGUGCUGCUCAUCUAUGAGGCUAAGUUCUUUGACCCAGGCCAGGUACUGUACACGUAUGAGUCGCCGGCAGGCUACGGGCUCAUCGGGCUGCAGGUGGUGGCUUACGUGUGGUUCUGCUACGCCGUGCUUGUCUCUUUGCGCCAUUUCCCGGAGAAGCAGCCCUUUUAUGUGCCCUUCUUUGCUGCCUACACCCUCUGGUUCUUUGCAGUUCCUGUCAUGGCCCUGAUCGCCAACUUUGGAAUACCUAAGUGGGCUCGGGAGAAGAUUGUCAAUGGCAUCCAGCUGGGAAUCCAUUUGUAUGCUCAUGGCGUGUUCCUGAUCAUGACGCGCCCCUCGGCGGCCAACAAGAACUUCCCUUACCACGUGCGCACGUCGCAGAUCGCCUCGGCCGGCGCCCCGGGGCCCGGAGGCGGCGAGUCGGCAGACAAGGCCUUCCCGCAGCACGUCUACGGGAACGUGACGUUCAUCAGCGACUCGGUGCCCAACUUCACGGAGCUCUUCUCCAUCCCCCCGCCCGCCUCCUCCGCCGGGAAGCAGGUGGAGGAGACGGCGGUGGCGGUGGCGGCGGCGGCGGCCCCGAGGGGCCGCGUGGUGACCACGGCCGAGCCCGGCGCGGCCUCCCCGCCCCCACCCUCUCGGUUCCCCAAAGGGGCCGACCCGAGCUGGGAUGGCCCGACGCCGGCCUACCAGCCUCUGGUGCCCCAGACGGCGUCGCCGCACACCGGCUUCACCGAGUACUUCAGCAUGCGCACGGCCGGGGGCGCCGCACCCCCAGUCUGACACCCCAGCGCGCCCUGCCCCACGGGCCGCGCGCUAGGCCCCGGACCCCGCUCUGUCCCAGCUCCAGGCCUCCGCCAUCCCAGGGGCACCGCACCCCCAGUCUGACACCCCAGCGCGCCCUGCCCCACGGGCCGCGCGCUAGGCCCCGGACCCCGCUCUGUCCCAGCCCCAGGCCUCCGCCACCCCAGGCCUACCCCCCCCGCCCCCCGCCCCGCGCGCCCAGGUUGGGGUGCGCAGUGUCCCGCUCCUCCCCUGCCCCUGACUCUGGUGCCAAACGGUCCCGCGGGAGCCGCUCUCCCCGUGCCCUCCCUCAGCCCCUGCCCCGAGCGGCGCCGGAUUCCGGGCUCCCGCUGUUCCGUGACCUCCGGCCCCCGGGCCCCCUCCGAGACCUUUGACCCCGCCGGAGCGCCAGCGAGGAUCGCCCGGACCUGCCCGCGGACGCUGCAGGAGGACUCCGCAACCCGAGCCACUGCUCCUGGGACGGCUAUUGUGAAGCUGGUCGUGACUCUGAGAACUUCCCUUGGACCUGUGACUUCGGACCCGUGCUCUGUCUAUCCCGGGGGACCCCCCUCAGGCCCCCGGGAGAAAGGCUUUUCCCUUCUUGCCAAAAUAAAGAGGAUUCGUUGA